UAAUUCGAUUGGUUUUUUUUUUUUUUUUUUUUUCUUUUGUUGUUUUGGAUUGGGAAAUUUGUUUCUGGUCCAGGGAUGGUUUAUGGUUCUGUUCUUGAGAUUCCUGUUUGAGAAAUGGAUUCGGCGAGGAGUUGGUUUAAUAAGCUUCAGCCAAGAGAUAGGUUGAGGGGUUCUUCGAAGAGGAGGGAAAAUAGUGCUGGAGGGAAUGAGGAAUCUACUGAACCGGUGGAUGAAGAAGAGCUUUCUAAUAUCACUAAGCAGAAGGCUGCUGCGGCAAAGCAGUACAUCGAGAAUCAUUACAAGGAGCAAAGGAGGAAUCUGCAGGAGAGAAGGGAAAGACGCAAUAUAUUGGAAAAGAAGCUGGCUGAUGCUGAUGUUUCUGAAGAAGAUCAAAACAAUUUACUUAAAUUUUUGGAGAAGAAGGAAACAGAAUACAUGCGCCUCCAAAGGCACAAAAUGGGUGUCGAUGAUUUUGAUUUACUAACAAUUAUUGGCAAAGGUGCUUUUGGGGAGGUUCGUAUUUGUAGAGAGAAGACAACAGGUCAGGUAUAUGCUAUGAAAAAGCUUAAAAAAUCCGAGAUGCUUCGAAGGGGCCAGGUGGAGCAUGUGAGAGCUGAAAGAAAUCUUCUUGCUGAAGUAGACAGCAAUUGCAUCGUGAAACUCUAUUGUUCUUUUCAAGAUGAUGAGUUUCUCUACCUUAUUAUGGAGUACCUACCUGGGGGAGAUAUGAUGACUUUAUUGAUGAGAAAGGAUACAUUGACUGAUGAUGAAGCCAGGUUUUACGUUGGAGAGAUAGUUUUGGCUAUUGAGUCUAUUCAUAAGCACAAUUACAUUCAUAGAGAUAUCAAGCCUGACAACUUGCUGCUUGAUAAAUUUGGGCACUUGAGACUUUCAGACUUUGGACUAUGCAAGCCAUUAGAUUGCAGUACACUCCAAGAACAAGAUUUCAAUAUAGGGAGUGUCCGCAAUGGAACUGCACAAAGUGAUGAGCGCAAUGCAGCUCCUACACGUACUCAACAAGAGCAACUACAACAUUGGCAGAAGAAUCGCAGAAUGCUUGCUUAUUCAACAGUUGGAACACCAGAUUACAUUGCUCCCGAGGUUUUGUUGAAGAAAGGUUACGGAAUGGAAUGUGACUGGUGGUCACUUGGAGCAAUUAUGUAUGAAAUGCUUGUUGGCUACCCACCUUUUUACUCUGAUGAUCCAAUGUCAACAUGUCGGAAGAUAGUGAACUGGAGAACUCAUAUGAAGUUCCCUGACGAGGCAAAGCUAUCUCUCUUGGCAAAAGAUCUCAUAAGCAAACUACUAUGCAAUGUUGACCAGAGGCUAGGUACAAACGGUGCGGAUGAAAUUAAGGUUCAUCCGUGGUUUCAAAAUCUUGAAUGGGAUAGGCUAUAUGAAAUGGAAGCUGCAUUUGUUCCUGAGGUUAAAGAUGAGCUAGACACUCAAAAUUUUGAAAAGUUUGAAGAGUCUGACUCGCAAAGCAGUGCAUCAUCUAAAUCUGGUCCAUGGAGAAAGAUGCUCUCAUCUAAGGACAUCAACUUUGUUGGAUACACUUAUAAGAACUUCGAAAUCGUCAAUGAUUAUCAAUUGCCUGGGAUGACUGAACUGAAGAAAAAAUGCAACAAACCAAAAAGACCCUCAAUCAAGUCACUCUUUGAUGACGAAUCGGAGGCACGAGAUGCAGCUGAUUCAUCCAUACGUUGUCAACCGAGCAUGGGGGGUAGCUGUUCAAACUCAAUGACAUCUGAACUGGAUGCAUUUGAAAAGAGAAAAGAGUCAAUGUGACGUAUUCUCUGUGGAUCAUCAGAUGAUACAGCAGAACCUCUGAUUCAUUUGCUAAUCUUAGUUGGAAUUCUUUAGUAUACAUAGAUCCAAUGUAUGAUAUGGUGACAUUCUGCAUCCAAAUCCUUUGACCAACUUGGUUUAACAGAAGGUUAAGUUCGAUCAACAAUGGACGAGACGGAUUCUUGGUUUCUAACAAUCGACCUUGGAGCCGAGCUGAGCCGAGCCGAGCCCGUGGCAGCGUUGUUCGGAGUCAGGUAAAUAACAGAUCUGAAAAAGGUUAACAGAUCUUAGAAGUGUUGAAAUUUACUAUUCUUUUUCUUGUCUUGUUUCUUCCCACAUCUAAUUUGGUGGGGUUUUCUCAACAAUUUGUUGUACAAAAGACACCAAACCAAUAGCCAAUACAUGAAUGUUCCAGUGUAGAUAAUACAUAGCAAAA